CUGCUGUCGCUGCUAGCUGGAGCUGUUAGCCUGAUGUUUGUUUCCACUGACUUUUUUUUCUUUUCCUUUUUGAAAACCUUUGCGCUACAAGGCGUCAAACCUCGCCGAGAAAAACGAGCGUCGUGUUUCUCUGCUGUCCCAGUCAGUCGAAACAUGUUCUGUAAAGCGGCGGCUUUAAAGCAAGGCUUUAUUCUAGGUUUGUUUUAGUGAGAAUGUUUUAUGUCUGCGCUGCCGUCUGCGGCCAUCAUCGUUCAUAACGAGCUGGCCGAGAACAUGGACGAGAUCUGAAACAAAGAGUGAAUGGUAGCGUUGACAGUCCUGUACCUCCAGGGAUCAGAAAAUGGGACGCAUCUUCUUGGAUCACAUUGGCGGGACGCGCCUCUUCUCUUGUGCCAACUGCGACACCAUCCUGACGAAUCGAUCUGAGCUCAUCUCCACACGCUUCACAGGAGCCACGGGAAGAGCUUUCCUCUUCAAUAAGGUGGUGAACCUGCAGUACAGCGAAGUUCAGGACAGAGUGAUGCUCACCGGCAGGCACAUGGUGCGCGACGUCAGCUGCAAGAACUGCAACAGCAAGCUGGGCUGGAUCUACGAGUUUGCCACCGAGGACAGCCAGCGGUACAAAGAGGGCCGCGUCAUCCUGGAGAGGGCGCUGGUUAGAGAGAGCGAGGGCUUCGAGGAGCACGUCCCGUCAGACAACUCCUGAGCUCUGGCACCUGCUCGCGCCCUCCCGCUCCUCUCCUCUUUCCCCUUUUUGCCUCCUGGCUGCACAUCAUCACCACCUGCAGACUCAACGGCCUGCGAGGCUUUGACCUCCGCUCCACUGUCCGAUCUCGUCUCUGGCGUUUGACCGUAGACCUCCGGCAAUUAAAAAAACAACAACCCUGUGCUCAAAAUGUUCCCAAAGUCCCUCACCACAGCUGUAAAAUGAGGCGUCCCUUCACUCAGCUGUAUACGCAUGGUCACCGAGUUUACAUUCAACGCACUCUCACGCCGGCUGAAUUGGUGAACGACACAUGGACAUCGCCCGGCUGUUCCUGCUUAUGGAGAUAAGCGGAAGUGAUCCAGACCGACCAGCUCUCUCUCUCUCUCUCUCUCUCCACAGAGCACUGUAAAACGAGCCGACCGACGCAUCCCUCUGCUUCCCAGUCUUGUGGUAUUUGUGCUCCGGUGUCGUGCUGCGGAACCGUCGCCGGUUAACACGGAGAACGCGUUCAAAAUGCCGACAUGGCUGUUUUAUUCCGUAUCGGUUGCGUUUUUUUCCUCCUAGCUUCGCAAUAGUGUUUGAAAAAUCUCUGUUCUCAUCCAAAACGAUACAGUGAGGACCGCACGGAACGAUGUCACGUUUUAAGCAUUUCAGCGCUUUCUUUCAGUGGUGCAUAUGGUUCGAUCCAGGCGGCGUUCUUGACGUGUACAAAAAGUCGCUCAGGUUUGUGAGAGCGGUGGACGUGUCCUGGCUGCGGCCAUGGAUUCCGGGCCUGUCUGUGUUCCGCAUAAGGCUCUAUUGUUUAAAAGUACUGCAUUUUAAGAUGACAAGUGACGUCUGAGAGUAGCUGUAACUCCAAGCUAUUCCAUCAAAACACGGCACAUUAGGCUCUUGCAUCUAAACACAAGCUCUCUGCAGACGCCGCCUUCAGCACGGUGACCCCGCUCUUUAUGUAAUCUGCCGCCUGGGGCGUAUGUUGUCAUCAAAUGACUUGUUUCAUAAAACCAAAAGCCAGGCGAGCAUUAACAGGGUACUUAGCCCUUAUUUUUAGACCGGACCACAGUCUCUGUUUUUAUAAUCAAAAUGUAAGGUGGGGUGGGAAACAAAAAAACCCAAUUUUUAUGACAUCUUGUUCGACUAUUUUGGGCUCUGUUGUGAUACGGUGCCGGCUGGAAGUGUACAUAUGCUCAUCUGCAUGAUUGUCAAGUUCAUUUUGGACCUUUUAAUGAUUUUCUUUGAACACAAAACAAAAAAUACAUUUGAAGUACUACAAAUCUGGUGCACGACUUUGAAA